GACAAAGCUUCGUGUUGACGAAGCUCGCUCCUCUCACUCUGAGAUCUCUGAAAGCAUCAUGAAGGGCCCGUUGCUGACUAUUACGUUGAUUUCAUUCUCAUUAUCAGGAUCCCAUGCUGACUCUGUUCGUCGAUCCUUGAAGGGUUUGGUGUUCAACGGUGCUCCCGGCAAAUGCGUUGGUAGAGGCUGCGCCCAUGAUCAGGAGACAACAGAAGCAACCUUGGUGGGACACCUGACAGAAAAUAACACAGUUGUCCUUGAUGUGACUCCUCCUCCUUCUGAUCUUCCGGCAUCUGCAGAAACGACUGCGGGGGUAUCCAAUCCACCUCCUUCCUCUCCCACCGAUAACGAGGAAGAAUUCAGACAGGAAGAAGAGAAAGAAUUGAAGAAGGCAGAAAAUGAGGGCAUUCUUGCUGCUCUGCUGGGAAGUUUCCUGGGAAGUUUCACAGCUGUGGCCAUCUUUAUGGCUCUGGCAUAUCGCAUGAUGCUCAAGAAAUGGGAAACUGUGCACAUCACCGACAAGCAUACUAGUAUUGAAGUAGACGUGGAUACUGUGGAUUUCAGCACGUCCCAAGGUUUCAAAGAAGACAUGGCCGAUGUUACCCUCGAGCAAACUACUACCCAUUCAAUGUCAAGCAAUCGCUUGGUCACAACAACAACAUGUUGGGAUGAAUACAUGGACAGCUCCUUUUCCUCCAAUUCUGCUAAUCGAUACUCAUUUGUGGGCAACCCUACCGAAGUAGACGUGGACGAGGAACCGGAGAGCGACGAACAGUUGUCCGCAUGGAGUGAAGGGCGACUGCCCAAGAAACAACAUGAGGGAGGCAAAUGUUUUGUCAUUGUCUAGCAGGAGCUUCGUAUGACUCUAGUAUUCACAAGGGGGCCGAGUCAUGGGUUAUUCACUUAUCCCUUUGUUGUAUCAGGACAAGAUGGAACAGUACCAGAACCGUCACAAACGCUGAGGAAGAUGUCAAACGACAACGUUACAUAUACUCAGAUACAUUUGCAUAAUCAUUCCAUAUUCUAAUCUUCG